GCCUGCAAUUCUCUGGCGAGGUCGGGGCGCGUGAGAAAUGUGCAACAAAUGCGAAAUUAUUUAAGCUGCGUUUUAAUAUAAAAACGAUUAAAUAUUGCGUGUGUGUGUGUAUAUGUGUUUUACUGCUUUAAGUAAAAAUAUAACACAAAAACGGAGACGGAGAGAUGAGCGACGAGCGCGAAGAGAACGAAAAGUCCGUCGCCGCUGCUGCCACCGCCUUGCCGUCGAAAACUGCAUCAACGGUGGCGAUGACGUUGGCGUCGGCUGCCUUGGAAACGCACAGUAAUGUUGCUGCUGGACAGCAGCAGCAACAACAACAUCAGGAGCAGCAGCAGCAGCAACAGCAACAACAAGUACAGCAUGAGAUGCCAACAACUAGUUACGCUUCAGGUUCGGCGAGGGGGGGAUUGGCGCGCUAUUUCCAGGACGAUAUGCGAGAAUUGGGAGAAAUCCAACAGUUGCUUUGGGGGGACAAUGUGCUCGAAGAUGUAUUCAACCGUUGGUCUCAAGGUUUCGAGUUCAGCGAUGUGGAGCCCUCGGCUUUGGUGCAAAAGCAGGGCGGUCCUUGUGCUGUGAUAGCGCCCGUGCAGGCGUACUUGCUUAAAAUAAUUAUCAUGGACAUGCCAAGCGUCAAGCUGACGGAGCUAACACCUGACAGAUGCCAGAGCCUGCUGAUUCAAGCGCUGUGCAACAUCUUGAAGAACUGCCGUGCGCCUCGUUAUCGUAUCGUCACUCUGCUGCGUCGUCGCCUAGCCAGCGAGGGCGGUGAGCCAACCAAAGAGCGUCACCAGUCCGAGGAGACGCCCACUGGCGAUGAUGCCGCCGUCGAUGUGGAUGAGGCAUCCAAUAUUGCUGCUGGCGCUGCUGCCCCACCAACUGGCAGUGCCUCCGCUACCGCAGCUGCCGCCGUUGCUGCUGCCAAUACGGUCAUCGAUUUGACCCAAGGAAGCAGCAACAGCGCAUCGAUUAAUUCGGCGGAUGUGAGUGGUGGCGCCGGCUUGGAUAUGGGAAUUGGAUUGGGAUUGGAACUGACGCCCAAUGAGUUUCACGAUAACCUGCGCACAGUUUACUUUGAUGAUAUUAAAGGAGUGGCCCGGUAUUAUGACGAGAACUAUAGUCAACUAUCGAACACAUACGGAGUGCUGAUAUUUAUGUAUUCCGUCUUCCUGACAAAGGGCAUUGAGCAGGUGACGGCAGAGAUUUCGGACACAUCCGAAUCACUGAUACAUAAUACCUAUGGCUAUGGCGCACAAUCCCUAAUCAAUCUGAUGCUGACCGGUCGCGCGGUUGCCCAUGUCUGGGACAAUGAGCAGGAUGUCGGCGGUCUUAAGUUGCGCGGCAUUUGCGAGCAGAGCGAUAUCGGAUUUAUAACCCUAAUGGAGCAAAUGCGUUAUUGCACUGUCGGCUCCUUCUUCAAGAAUCCGCGCUUUCCCGUCUGGGUGAUGGGCUCCGACACGCAUUUAACUGUUCUGUUUAGCAAAGAAAAGAGGCUCGUUUCACCAGAAACACCGUCGGAGACGGGACGUCGCAUCUUUAAGUCAUUCGAUCCCGAGGGCAAUAAUUUCAUAUCGAGUUCAGUGCUGCGCGAUGUGUUGGCCGCUUUAAAUUUGGUCAGCGAGCCGGCCUAUGUUAGUUUGAUGACGAAACGCUUGGAUCCGGAAAAUUUGGGCAUUAUAUUGCUGAAUGCGUUCAUGGACGAGUUCUUUCCACUGGAGCGUCGCUCUACCCCGGACACCUUCGAGCUGAUGCACUAUAAUGGCAUUCCCGGCUCGAAUGAGAACAACAAGGUGCGCUACUAUUGUGGCUCGGCCAUAUUGCUGGAAGGGGAUCUCAAGUCGAUAUGCACCUCAAAUCCGAUGGUCACCUGUUUGCAGACCAAAUGGCCAAACAUUGAGAUCAAUUGGCAUGAUGCGCAUAUGCCGUCAUUGAAUUGACGACGCCAUCGCCGCCGCCAGUAAACAACAAUAACAACAACAACAGUAGCAACAGCAUGCAGUUGAAGAUUCAAUGCAGAAACAAAGCAGGAGAGGAACCGUAGGAAGCCAAAAGGCGCCGUGCUGCACAUUUUUAUUUCAAACACAAAAUUGUUUAAAAACAAAAAACUGAAAUUAAUUUAUUGAAGAUACAGCAACAAACAAAAAAAUAAUAAUAAUAAAAAAAAGAAAGAACAAAAAGGAAAAAAGUUUGUAAAACAAAACUAACAAAAGAAAAAACACAACAAAUAUUACAGAGAGAGACACACACACACACACAUUUAUGUAUCCUACUUUCCAGUUUCAAAAGAGAGACGACGCCAAGCGUGGUCGCCAAAGGCAGGAAUGUAAUGCCCAUUAAAUAACAUCCAGAAACAAACCCCACACAUGCUUCAAAAUAUGCUUCAAUUUUCAAUAAAGAACAAAACACAAAACUAUACUAAAAACCAGAUAAAAUAACAAUAAAGCAAAUAAAUAAACAAACACACACAUACAUAUAUGUAUAUAUAUUUAUGUGUAAUUAUUUUUUGCCAUUGUAAUUAAACACUGAAAUUAUUUAUAGCAUUAAAUUUAAUUAUUGUAUUUAACUAUCGAAUGGAAAACCUAAAAUCAACACACAACUUUAAAUGCAAAAUAAAAACAAAACAACAAUUAAAACAUAAUAAUGUUAAUUCAAACUGCAACAGCAAAAACAACAGCAAAGGGGCAACAAGAAGAACACUAAAUUAGACAUUUUCGAGCAAAGAACAAAGAACGGAACAAAAUUUGUUUAUGGCCUUUUAAAGA